CAAGGGGUGGGUCCCGACACCGCCAGAGCGUAGGAGAGAGAGUUUCCAGAGCACGCGCCGCCGAGCCAGGGCCGGUGACGUCGAGUACGAGAACGCGCACGCGCGCCCGGGGCUCGCUCCCUGCUCCUGCUCCUCCUCUCCCACUCCCCCCGACUGUGUUGAGGUCGGGGCCGGGUCCCGUGGCGGAGGGCCCUAGGAGGAGCCCCAAGGAGGGCAUCUUUUCCUCUCCUGGCCGCCUCUGCGGCACUGCCCUCUUCCACCUUGGCAUGUGUUGGGCAGCAUCCUGCAGCUCCCAAAGGGAUGGAGCCCUGCCCCCAAAGGCAAGGGUGCGGUCCCUGAGGCCUUGGACCACCACCUGCUAACCUGACCUUGCUCCCUUUCUCAUUCACUGAAGGAGAUGGAAGAAAAAGAGAGAUGUGAUCCAGCCCCCUUGGCUACCUUCAAUUGAAGUUCACUUGGAAUUCAAGGCAAGGAAGAGGAAGACAAUGGUCCUGGGUUCUGGACAUUUUUUUGGUAUCCAGCACUUUAGCUGUAGAGAUAAUGGCAAAAUAAACUGAGGCAUAGAGGUAUUUUUCUACUGCAUAUAGGGUUUGGGGGGGGUUUUGUUACUGCUGCUGUUUCCAGCCUCUUCUCCGAGGGAAAUCAUGGCCCUUAGAGACUGAGGUGAACCCACCAAUUCCCUGAAAGACCCAGGAGGCUACAUUCUUCCUUGGAGGGGAAGGGUAGGGAGCUUCAGAGGCAACCUCCUUCUAGAAGACAAAAACAUGAGUUGCAUGCCAUGGAGAGGUGACAAGACCAAAUCAGGAUCAUUAGAACUACCCCAGCCAGCGCCCCCCCAAAUCUACCAUGAGAAGCAGCGCCGUGAGCUGUGUGCCCUCCAUGCACUCAACAAUGUCUUCCAGGACAGCAACGCCUUCACCCGGGAAACACUACAGGAGAUUUUCCAGAGACUGUCUCCAAACACCAUGGUGACACCCCACAAGAAGAGCAUGCUGGGAAAUGGGAACUAUGAUGUGAAUGUCAUCAUGGCGGCCCUUCAGACCAAGGGCUAUGAAGCAGUUUGGUGGGACAAGCGAAGGGAUGUCAGUGUCAUUGCCCUCUCUAAUGUCAUGGGCUUCAUCAUGAAUCUCCCCUCUAGCCUCUGCUGGGGUCCAUUGAAGCUUCCACUCAAAAGGCAGCAUUGGAUCUGUGUCCGAGAGGUGGGGGGCACCUACUACAACCUUGACUCCAAGCUCAAGAUGCCCGAGUGGAUUGGAGGCGAGAGUGAGCUCAGGAAAUUUUUGAAACAUCAGCUCCGAGGGAAGAACUGUGAGCUGCUGCUGGUCGUCCCAGAAGAGGUGGAGGCCCACCAGACUUGGAGGGCAGAUGUGUAACCCAGCUCUGCCUUUCUUUCCCUCUUUAACUCCAAGCCUUCCCCUCCCCAAGAGCCUUCAUAGUGGUGUGGCCUGUUUGACCACAGCUCUCUUUUUCCUGCCCCCACAUCUUGUUGGGUUCAUUCUUCCCAGACUCGACAGUGCAAUAGGUCAGUUGAGGGGCAGUCACUUUUUCCUGGAGAAGGAAGGAAGUGAGGACACUGUCCACCUCCUCUUAGGCUCCUUUUCAGAGCAGAGGAGGAGAAAAGGUGACUUCUUCCUUAUAGAGGCCAUACUUUGGAUUUGACACAUACCCUUUGCUGGAGUUUACCACCUGCUGCCCCCUAUUUGGACAUGCUGCCUCCACUUUCCCUUUCCUGUAAUUAAUGGGUCUGAAGAUACUCAUAAAGCCCAGGCUGACUGACUUGGAGGGCCAAAAGCAUAGGGCCUCUCAGGAAAUCAUCUCCAUUACCCUCCUUAGCAAUGGUACGGCAUGAUGAAUGAUUCUAACCUUCAGCCCCAACUCACCUAAGAGUAUCUCUAAAAGGAAAGGGGCCCAUUGUGAGUGUUUUUCAAGAGGAAAAUUUCUUUUAAAUUGGGCAUUAGCUGAAUUGUGUCACAUUCAGGAGGGGCAAGGGUUGGGAAGCUACCCAUACACUAAGUGAGGGGAUGACCUGGCCUUGGGUGUCUAGUUCUAUGAAGUCCCCACCAUUUCACCACGGGAGGAAGUUGUAGGAGAAAAGGAAGAGAUGUCUCCAACUUUACCCCAAGGACCUCAACAGGAAGAGUUUGAGCUGAGAAUGUUCUUUUCUAAAGGAAUUCUAGUCAUUGAGGACAGGAAUAGCGCUAGCGGGACUGGGAGUGGAGGCAGCUUUUAAGAGCCAAAUCAGAUAGUGGGACCCCCAAAUCAUAUAGUGGGAAUGUUGUGGCAUGUGGCCUUUGACCAUCUGCUGACAGCCUUUUACAGGUGGCCACUUUUAUAAUUCUUGAAGAGAGGCAAUUAAUGACUUUAAGUUCCCCCGACCCUGGUUGGUUAUCUGAGCAGUUGUGGCUCCCUUAGAAAUGAAGGGAGAAGAGUGAAGGUGCUGACUGGUAAGGGUCAGAACUAGGACCAUAGGACAAGCCUGAACAGGCCAAGCUGGCCUGAGCCAUCAGUAGCUUUCUCCCACCUGUGACUGGAGCGCAUGUUUACACCAGCACUUCUGCACACUUACUUACAGUCCACCAAGGCCAUUUUUUUUAUGCUGAAUGAUGGCGGCCAGAAAGCGGUUCCUGCAUCAUCCCUUCCCAGCACUUGGCCGCAAUGUCUCCUGCGCCGUUUUUCACACUAGCUAGACCUGCUGCUUGGCCCCUUGGGGAGUUCUGUGACCCUGCACGAUGACAUUCCAUUCAUCACCACCAGCCAGAAGAUUCAGCCAACUUUGGUGGGCCUGUAGGAAGAGCUCCGUCCAUGACAGCAAGCCAUUUGCUGGGAAGGAACCUGCUAGAUCCAUGCAAAUGGCACAAGAGGCUUCAUGCACAUGGAGUCCACAAGCCAAUGGAAUAUGCAAAGACGCUUUAUAAACAUUUCAGGGCUGGUUUCUCUGUUCAUAUCCAAUUCUGGUGCUCAGGAACAGGGACCCACGCUGAUGCCCAAGGGCAUGGAGAUCCCUGUCCCUCCAAGGAAGGGGGUCUCCAGGCCCUAUUGCCCAUCAGUGGGCAACCCUAGGCUGUUUAUUUUUCUUGCUUCCCCUCCUCCCUUUUGUUGGCCUUGUGCUGGGUUUGUUUACAGAGGAUGUAUUUUGUUUAACCAAAUAUUAAAAAAAAAAAGGAAAACAAAUAAACCCCAUUACUCAUCUGUCUGCUUGAGUUCUGUAUGUAAAAGGAAAAAAAUAAACCCUUUUCUUUA